AAGAAACAGAGCUUCCACGUCUGGUAAUAAACAUACGAACGCCAAACGAAGUCACAAGGCCUAAAUUAUUUAUUCUAUACUAAAUCUUAAAUAUGCAUUUCUCCGAUAAAGUGGAAGCAAUCUAUUUUCUGCCCGCGUUUCUCAAUAGAGAUAACACUGCUGAAAAAAAAAAAAAAAAAGUUAAGACGACAGAUGACAAAGUCUUGAAAAGAAUUACUGAUAUUUGAAACACAUUGAAACACUUAGUAGUUUCGAAGAUAAGAUUGGUUUUAUUCAUUAUCACUAAACAUGUGUGGAAAAAUAAUGAAAUUAACUUUCCAGUCAGACUUGACAACAAACUAAAUCUAAUUUUGAUUUACAAAAUGCUAUAAAAAAUUAGUUUACCUUGAAUUUAAGGGAAUUAAAUCAAUGUUGCAUUGAAAAGUAAUAAUAUCUCGAAAAAAGUUACUAAAAUGCUCAAUGCUUAAUACAAUAUUUCUGAAAACAAGUGACCGCGACCUAGCAAACAUUAAAAUGGACAAACACAACAAUACAGGCAAAAAGGGACACAGUGCCUACAAACUGACGCGGGACCAAAGUCAACGCAGGUAGAUACAUUUAAGGGAUUCAGCAGAACUGAUACCUCUCUGCUCAUAUUUUCUCCAUUAUCUUUUCUUUUUUUUACUAUAUGAUUUGGGUAAGUGCCGGGCGGUUAGUCAGUCAAUAAGAAUCUUAUCUUGAUUUUACAGCCUGUAUCUUAUCUAAUCUUGGAUAUUACAUAUUUGCCAAUAGUCGUGUUCCUUAUGUGCCUAACGUGUACAACUUGACUGGCUUUCAGGAUCCCCUUUAUCCCUUGAGACAUAGAAACAACCUUAAAUACAUAGGGGGAGAAGGACAGAAGAAGAAGAGGGAGAAGGGAGGAUAAAGAGAGGGAGAGGAGGAAAGAGAUUAGGUUCGACAGGGUGGAGAGAUGAUAUAUCAUGCAUCCGCGUCAGAGAUAAGGUACACACCCGUCUUGUUGAUACCAGCCUUAUCGGAAUGUUAAUGCCCGCCCUGAUUAAUGUGCGUUCUGUCUUAGUCUCAGUCGAGUGGGUGUGAUAUCUGCAGUGAGGUUCUGCGGGUGGAAGGGAAACGGAACUUGUCCCAAGAACCGGAGAAUUUGACAACUUUACGUGCGAAGAGGGACAGUUUAGAUACCAUGAAGGCGCUGCUCUUGUCAGCGUUGGUGGCCUCGGCGCUGCUUCUGUCGGUGGCGGAGAACGAUCUUUGCGACACGUAUUUCACCAACCCCAACAUGACCUGCAUCAUGACUUACGAAUGCAUAGGCGGUGGAAGCUCCAUCGUUAUCUAUGAGGACUGUUCCCCAGGAAGCGAACUUUUAACUGCUAUAGAUACAAACCCAGCACAUGACUGCAAUCACCUGACUGUGAAAGGAAAGACAGUUCAACUGAACACAGAGUUGGACGCCGAGAAGGACAAUGAGUACACAAUCAACUGCAGGCUAUUUAGUGAAUCUUAUGUAACGGAAUUCCCUGUAGAGAACGUCAAUGAAUUCAAGCCUCAAGUUCAGGACCAAAGCCCAAUUUUUGAGAUCAAUGUUUCUGAGGGAAACGGUGCAGAAGUCAUCACCACCUUCAGUUAUCAGGACGAAGACUUCGAGGAAACUGAGAAGCUGACUUGUGAGCUGAAAAGCGGUGACAUCGACAAUUUAUUUGAAGUUGAAUCGCUAUACCAGAACGAUAUGAUGAAAUUUUCCCUCAAAACCACAGAUUCGCUUGAUUUCGAGAAGAGGAUGUACUACAGACUCGAGUUUGAUAUUAAAAGCACAGACAGCCGUGGAGAUAUCCUGACAUCGGAGCAGACGAUCCUCGUGUUCGUGGAAGACAUCGGCGACAACCCGCCCUACUGGAUCAAGACGAAGCCGUCGGUCCAGCUCGGGGAAUGCGAAGCUGACGAGCUCGUCCUCCAAGUGGAAGCUAGUGACAGAGAUGUCGAGGUUAAUAAUGAAAUACGAUACAGCAUUACGGACGGAAACGAUGAAGGGUUCUUUAGCAUUGAUCCCAACAGCGGAGAGGUCAAGACUGCGAGGGUGGUCGACCGCGAGUCGCUGGCCACGACGACCUUCGCCCUCACCAUCACGGCGACGGAGAUCAAGGCCGACGGCAACGAGGCGGACGAGCCCAAUUCGUCCACGCAGGCAACGAACAUAUAUAUUGUGGAUGUGAAUGACAACAUACCCACCUUCAACGAACGCGAGUACUACGCUGAGAUCGACGAACUGAGUGAAGAUAAUUUACUCAACAUCGACAUAUUUGUAACGGAUAUGGACGAGGGAUUGAAUGGAACCUUCACCCUGACUUCAGAUAAGCCAGUCGACCUAGUGAUAUCUCCAAGCCAAGGAAUGGGGAAUGAGAAGGUCUCUCUCAAGGCGAAGUGGCGUGGCGAUGAUACAUUAUUCGAUUAUGAGACGACACAAGAUAACCUCACGUUCACGUUAACAGCAACUGAAUCAAGUAACCCAUCAAACAUCGACACAGCCACCCUCGUCGUUAAGAUCAAUGACGUGAAUGACAACAGUCCAGUUUUCUUGGAAAAUGAAUACAACGUCGACGUAAGCGAAACGGAGGUAAUGGGCUUCCUUGUGACCACCGUGAAGGCAACGGACAAGGACAUAUCACCGGAAUUCGGCACAGACAGUAUCAGAUAUUCAUCGGAGUGUGAGGAUAAACUGCAAGUCGACUCGAUAACAGGUGAAGUAACUCUUGCGGACGACAAUGUUCUCAAUUAUGAAUCAAAAACAACGCUACUGUGUAAUAUAGAAGCCCGUGACCUCAAUGGAGAUUCAGCAGGGAGAGGCGGCACCACCAAGGUCAAAAUUACGGUUAUUGAUGUUGUAGACGAGCAGCCCUCCAUAAAGCAACCUGACGAAGUGACCAUUUUAGAAAAUACAAUUGAGGGUACGCAAGUAGGCCAACCUGUAAAGGCAACGGACGCAGAUGAAGGCGCCAACAUCGUCAUUUCCAUUGACUCGACAAAGACUAAAGCAUAUUUACAGAAUAACGAAAUCAACCCUGACAUCGUGAAGGAUUGGUUCGUAAUAUCUACAACAACUAAUAAUGUAGACGACUACAGCGCUGUGGUGAGUGUUGGGACUAGCGAGCCUGACCGUGAAAAAGCAGACAGAGUGGAACUGACCAUUGUGGCCACAGAUGUCAGCACUCAAUCGGGUAUUAACUAUACAUCCACUAUUUUCACUAUCAACAUCAAUAAUACGAAUGAUGAGCCACCAUACUUCACCGAUGAUUACAGCAUACAGAAAGUAACGGAAGAGGUCCCUGAGGGAACGCUCAUCGCCAAGCUCCUUGUCAAUGACAACGAUCUCGACGACACCAUUGACAUGACAAUUAGUAACGACAGCUUGGUGAGGGUCGUCAUGGAAAACGACUUCAAAACAUGGAACUUGGAGGUCUCCCCGGGAGCGAACAUUGACAGGGAGAAACAGGCGGAAAUAAUUGUAAACGUGACAAUCACAGACAGCAAUGGAGCUUCAACUGAUAUGGAGAUUACAAUCAGUAUCACAGACAUUAACGACAACACCCCAGUCAUAGAGGAAUGCACCUUUGAGGUAGAAGUUGCCGAGGAUAAGCUCACUGGUUAUCACGUUGCAAACGUUAAGGCCGGGGAUGUCGAUAUAGGAGCUCACGGUGAGAUUAGAUAUUUCCUCUUCAAUUACUCACCCGGCAUACCCUUCGCAGUCAACGACGUAACAGGUGAGGUGACAGUGCUGUUGGAGGACAACCUGCGGGUCCUCGACAGGGAGAUGAAGGCAAGUUGGGAUCUCGCCGUCUACGCCCAAGACGGUUGCGAGAAUGGAGAGAUCGACUGCCAGGCAAAGGCUAGUGAUCCUUGUAACAUCAUAGUGACGGUCACCGACAUCAACGACGAGGCACCCGACAGAUUCGAUUGGAACCCACCUGCGGAAACCUUCACUGUGCACGAGGACAUGCUUGAGGGCGAGUUGGUCGGGGGCGAGGAACCGUUCAAAAUCAGGGCUCAAGAUGAUGACCAGCCCGGGACUGUGAACACGAUGAUCACUUACCAUGUCGAGUGGGUUCGUAAGGUCGGAGAGACAGAGAACCUCGAUUUGUUCACAGCUGUCAACAAGAAUGAAACUUGGUCGGAUGGAAGCAUUUCAUACUACUGCCAGCUGAUGGCUACACAGGACUUAUUCUGGCAAAGGGGAUCAUAUGAGAUACUCUUGGUGGCCGAAGACAGCGGAGAACCGCAACUUAGCGGCAACAAAACAUUCGAUAUCGAGAUCCUAGAUUCGAACGACCACGUUCCAGAGUUCGUGUUCUACGGGUGCCUCGCCGACGAAUUGCAAAUCAAAAUGGAAGAGAAUAAAUACGAAGCUGGAGACAAAGUCCGAUGCUCAACAGAAGAAAGCGCGCAGCUACUGGAGAUCGUCGUGGAAGACGAAGAUAUAGGCGAGAACAGGGACUUUACUUGCGAAAUUGACUACGAAAAAUCAACUGCCGUAGCUGUAAACGGUAUUGAUCAGCUCCAUGAAUUUGAGCUCAAACGGGAAUCCAAUGGGUGUGUCUUGUAUGUGAAAUCGGUCAUUGACAGAGAAUCGGGCCGACGAUACAAUCUUUCGCUACACGUGAUGGACAAGGGAACACCGCCGCUCGAAUCCUGGGAGUAUUUGGAGGUCAUUGUCACCGACGCCUUUGAAGCCCCGCCUUACUUCUGCCUCGAUGGGCUGUGCAGGCAGACCAUCUACAUGAAAGAGACUGACCCUACGGUGACGGCCAACUUCUUGAAGGGAACAGACACAGAUAAUAUUGAUUUCGAUCCGAAUGAUCCUGGAACCUAUCAGGAAGUUUAUUACGACAUUGUAGGAGGGAGCACCAGUUUAUUCGAGCUCGGAGACAGGACGGACAACACCAUCAAACUCAAGAACCUUCCCCAGGGACUCGACCGCGAGGACGUGCCCGAAUACCAACUCUACAUCGACGUCACCAACGACCCCGCCACACAGCCGCCCAUCUCCGAGAUUAUCGCCAGGAACUAUACUCUUUAUUUGACAAUCAAAGUCCAGGAUGUGAACGAUAACUCGCCACAAUUCGAGAAAGCGAUCACUAUUGCAAGCUUUACGCAGAAUGAUGAAAAGGGCAAAAAAAUUGCUGUAAUUCAGGCCACCGACCUCGACCUGAACGAAACCAUUACCUACGACCUCGGGGAAUUCACCUGGUAUGACACGGAUGGAACGGCGCCGACUGAUGAGCCGUUCAAAUUAGAGAACGGCGCAGACCUGAUUCUUAAUUUUAAGCCAACAGGAUUGAACAGUGGAUACUGCACUUUCCCUAUAAAUGCAUACGACAAAGAUGACAACACAAACUUCACAACAGCAAAGGUGUAUGUCAUCACAAAUGCCUUCCAGCUUCCAGUCGUUUUCAAUAACGAUAUUAGCAUGGUAUCAGAGAAAACAGAGGAUAUCGAAGAAAUAUUCACGUCGGUCUACCAAUACUCGUGUGUUGUGGACAGCACGACAACCCAGACCUCCGACACGGGCGAGGCGGUGGAGGGGAAGACCGUGGUGUUCAUGCACUUCAUUGACGAAACGCACAACGAACCCGUCCCCAAGGAUGCCAUUAUUCAGCAGACGACGGACGUGGAGGUCAUCAAGGAACUCCGAAGGAAGUUGAAUGAGAUUAACCUCAACUUGAACUCCGUCGGAGAUGAACAGAUCGUUAGCGAGAGCAAUGACCUACUCUUGCUGCAGGUGCUUUUGGGAGUAGUGUCCUUAGUGCUGGGUUCGCUAGUGAUCCUCCUCCUCAUAGCAUACUGCAUCAGAACACGAAGCCUCGAGCGCCAGGUUAAGGUGCUGUCGACUAACACCUUCGGGUCCAAGGAGUCGGACUUGAACAGGGCUGGAAUGGAAAUGGAAGUCGUCCCCGGCAGCAACAUGUUCAAGGGAGAAGGAGCGAAUCCCAUGUACAACAUGAGUGAGGAUGAGCUGAGGAAUGAUGACACGAGCAGUAUUGGAAGUGGAGAUUCCGUACUGGUGGGCGUGGAGGACAAUCCUGAAUUCAAGAACUACAUCAACCGCCGCGUCAACGCCCCGGCGUCUCCGUUCGAGAGCGCAUCGGGCGCGCGGUCCAUCGACCAAGUCUCGGCGCCCGCUGCCUUCGCCGGAACGAGCAGAUCCAACCCGCUGCUUGACAUGGACGGAGUGGAGGACCGUGACCUCUCGGAAGCGCUGAGGGACUUCGAGGUGACUAUCCGCCGAUCGUCCUGUGAGUCGGAUGGGUCUGUUGGCCACGAUAACCCCAACUUUACCUUCGGGAAAUGAGGCCCGCGCUCCCAUUCCUCCUUGUGGAUAUUAUGAGGACUAUACUGUGCUUCCUUGUUGAUCCAUGUAUAUGUUUUGAUUAGGCAUUGAAUGUGAUAUAAAUGACAUGCAAACACCCACGUAAAUACACGUACACACAUACCCACACAACACACAUACGUCCGCGCGCGCGAGUAGACAUACCUACAUGCACAAAUUAACAUGUAAUACCACUGUCUAGAAUACGAUCUUUGAUCAUACGACAUUCGUAGUGAAGUAUAAUAUUAAAUAUACUGUUUUCUGUUUACCAAAUAUAUUGUAAAUCAUUAGGAGGGCAAUAGUAGAAUUACAGUGCAAUCAACGAAAAUACAUAAUGUUUUGUGGACCUUGCCAUAAUUCUAGAAGUAAUGUAAGCUGAAUACAAAUGUAUAUAAAUGAGUCAGUGUAGUGUUGCGUGUUAGAAGACUCAGUGGAAAAAAAUUAAGGGUAAGAAUGAUCACUAAUUAUCCGAAGAACUUAUGACACCCAAACACACUGAUAAAAACGGAUUCCAAGGAUAAAUCAAAUAUCUUGUGGAAUGAUCAAUUUUAAUUCACACUUUUUGCUACUUUGAAGGAUAAUCAUCAUUUGGGAGCUAACGCCGGCAGGGGCGCAUGCCGAUUCCACCCUCGUGUUUCCACCUACGAGGGCCCUUCAUGGCGAUCUGCCCAAGCCACGACCUUCUCGGUCGUCCCACAGGCCUC